UUUGGCUCGAGGGCGCCUGCUCGCGGAGCGUGGCCGCCUCGGUGGUCCGCUGCCUGGUCCCGUGCCCGCCAUCGCCCUGCGCAGAGCUCGCCGCCCGCAGCUCGGGGAGCCCGGGGCGAGAGCAUGGCCUCGCAGGGCUCGACGCUGCAGGGGUACAACAACGAGCUCGUGAAGUCCAUCGAGGACCUCCGCGAGAAGCGGGAGGAGCUGAAUCGCCAGAUCCUGAAGGAGGAGGAGGACAAGGCCAAGAUCCAGAAGGAGCUCUCCAUCCUCACCGACCGUCUGACGAAGGUCAACGAGAGUCUCACGCGGAAAACGCAGGCGCGCAACGAGUACGAUAAGACCAUCCAAGAGACCGAGGCUGCGUAUAUGAAGAUUCUCGAGUCGUCACAAACCUUGUUGCACGUCCUCAAGCGCGAGACGGUCAAUCUGACGAAGAAAUAAGGAUUCUGCCUGUGAGGGCCUCGGGCAGUUUGCAACGUGCAGGCGUGCUGACAUCCUGUUCGCUUAUUGCAGCACUGAGCCGGGCAGCAGUGGAUGGGCAGAUGCAGGACGGGGAUCGGGGCGGAGACAUGGGCGAGGGGAGCGGGAUGGGGGACGAUGGGCAGGCAGAGAGAAGUGGUGAGAGAAAGAGACAGGAGAGAGGAGCUGCACGGCCAUUUCCUGCCUUUGCGUGCUCGCGGCUGCUCAACCUGGGGACUGCUUGAGGCUAUGUUCCUGAGAUGGGCACGCCACCUUGCCUCGAAUGCACGCGGCCGUCCGAGGCGGCCCUGCACGACUGCGACAAAGAUCGGGACACCAUGCGCUCCUCCUCCCUCCAGCGGGCUUGAGGUUGCAGGCAGCUUCGAACGAAGUAUGUACUGUCUUCGUCUGAAGAUCGAAUACUCCUCCGGUGAGUCACCGACGGCCCUUGCCCAGGAGCGCUGGUGUGAUGAGACGUCUAGCGAAGGUGCGGCCAUGCUAGUG